GAGAUGGAGGUGGGUGUCCAGGUGUGCCACAGUGGAUAGAGUUUGCAGGGCAGAGUACCAGAAACAAAGGAACACACAAUGACCAAAAAAAAAAGGCUCUGGAGAUGUGGUAAGGAUCUCCCUUGAAGCCUGAGCUGAAUACUGAUCAGUGCAUGUGUGGGAAGAAACUACACAGAGCCAAAGAAAGAACAACCUGAAAGGAUUACAAGUAACCAUCCUUGGAAUUCACAUAGGACUAGAAAUAGUUUGUAUUCCCAUCAGCCAAAGUGGAAUUUGGCUCCAAAUUUUAUGGAAUAUCAAGUACAGUACUCAGAUGUUAUAUCAGUAGAGGAGAAAAUUAGCGUUAAAGAUUGCUCUGAUCUCAAAUAACAAAGCAGAAAAGUAAGCCUAAAAAGAGUGAAAACCAGCCUCAAACUGUUUCCAAGUAACAGAGCUGUGUCCCAAAACAAAGCCCAAAAAUGUUUAUAAGAAUAUAGAAAUAUGCAGCAUAAAACAGGGUAAAAUUUACAAUGACCAGCAUCCAAUCAAGUAUUACCAAGCAUACAAAAGAAACAGGACAACAUAAUCCAUAAGAAGAAAAAUCAAUCAGUAGAAACAGACCCAGAAAUGAAACAGAUAAUACAAUGAGUAGACAAGAAUUAAUGGUUAUUAUAAUUAUAUUACAUGUUGCAACUGUAUUCCAUGUUAAACAAUGUAGAGGAAGGAUAGACUAUGUUAAGUAGAGAUAUGCUUAAAGAGUUUUAGAUUUUUUAAAAAGACCCAAUCAACUUCUAGAGAUGAAAAUAAACAAUCUGAUAUGAAAAAUACACUGGAUGGAAUUAAUGCAGAUUAGACAUUACAGAAUAAAGUAUUAGUAAACACAAGGACACCAAUGGACACUAUGCAAAAUGAAACAGAGAAAAAAGACUGAAGGAAAAAAAUGAACAGAGCAUCAGUAAAUCGUGGGCAACUUCAAGCAGCGUAAAGGAGUAGUGAGGAAACUUUAGGGGAUGGAUAUGUUCAUUAUCUUGAUGGCAGUGAUGGUUUCACAGAUGUACAUUGCUUGGCACAAAGCUGGCUGGCCCUUUGUACCUGUAAAACACGGAAACAUCCGCAGCUCCUCUUUUUCUCUACCUACUUUGUCGCACAUUACGCAAUAAUGUGCAGAAAUUGCUCCAGGCCUCCCACGUGACAAUGCCUCCGCCUGCCACGCACCCAGCCAAUCAGAGCACUUGGCACCUGCGAUCGCCCUCUCCCCCGGACCUCACCCGCAAGGCGGCACGAGCCGGAAUCUUCCAGUCUCAGGCUGUUUGUUCCCCCAGCGGGGCAAUGCGACUGCGCGCCGCUUCCUGAUUGGCCGAGAGUUGCGGGCUGCGUGCGCAGGCGUCUACCUCGGUUACCUAGGGCGGGAGCCCGCCGAGGGCGCCGGUGCUUUGUGCUGUCUGAGGCCAAGAAGGGUGACCGCGCUGCCAUGCCGAACCGCAAGGCAAGCCGGAAUGCUUACUAUUUCUUCGUGCAGGAGAAGAUUCCCGAACUACGCCGACGAGGCCUGCCUGUGGCUCGCGUUGCUGAUGCCAUCCCCUACUGUUCCGCAGACUGGGCGCUUCUGAGGGAGGAAGAAAAGGAGAAAUACGCAGAAAUGGCUCGAGAGUGGAGGGCCGCUCAGGGAAAGGACUCUGGGCCCUCAGAGAAGCAGAAACCUGUUUUCACACCACUGAGGAGGCCGGGCAUGCUUGUACCAAAGCAGAAUGUUUCACCUCCAGAUAUGUCAACUUUGUCUUUAAAAGGUGAUCAAGCUCUCCUUGGAGGCAUUUUUUAUUUUUUGAACAUUUUUAGCCAUGGCGAGCUACCUCCUCAUUGUGAACAGCGCUUCCUCCCUUGUGAAAUUGGCUGUGUUAAGUAUUCUCUCCAAGAAGGUAUUAUGGCAGAUUUCCACAGUUUUAUAAAUCCUGGUAAAAUUCCACGAGGAUUUCGAUUUCAUUGUCAGGCUGCAAGUGAUUCUAGUCACAAGAUUCCUAUUUCAAAUUUCGAACGUGGGCAUAACCAAGCAACUGUGUUACAAAACCUUUAUAGAUUUAUUCAUCCCAACCCAGGGAACUGGCCACCUAUCUACUGCAAGUCUGAUGAUAGAACCAGAGUCAACUGGUGUUUGAAGCAUAUGGCAAAGGCAUCAGAAAUCAGGCAAGAUCUACAACUUCUCACUGUAGAGGACCUUGUAGUGGGGAUCUACCAACAAAAAUUUCUCAAGGAGCCCUCUAAGACUUGGAUUCGAAGCCUCCUAGAUGUGGCCAUGUGGGAUUAUUCUAGCAACACAAGGUGCAAGUGGCAUGAAGAAAAUGAUAUUCUCUUCUGUGCUUUAGCUGUUUGCAAGAAGAUUGCGUACUGCAUCAGUAAUUCUCUGGCCACUCUCUUUGGAAUCCAGCUCACAGAGGCUCAUGUACCACUACAAGAUUAUGAGGCCAGCAAUAGUGUGACACCCAAAAUGGUUGUAUUGGAUGCAGGGCGUUACCAGAAGCUAAGGGUCGGGAGUUCAGGAUUCUCUCAUUUCAACUCUUCUAAUCAGGAACAAAGAUCAAACACACCCAUUGGUGACUACCCAUCUAGGGCAAAAAUUUCUGGCCAAAACAGCAGCGUUCGGGGAAGAGGGAUUACCCGCUUACUAGAGAGCAUCUCCAAUUCCUCCAGCAAUAUCCACAAAUUCGCCAACUGUGACACUUCACUCUCACCUUACAUGUCCCAAAAAGAUGGAUACAAAUCUUUCUCUUCCUUAUCUUAAUGAUGGUACUCUUUUCAAUUUCUGAAAACAAUAACAGGCCCAACUUCCUUCUUACUACAGUCAUAUUAAACAGAUCACAUCAAUGACAGAUGUCACUACUAUAAAAACUACUUAAUUUGUAAGGAAAUUGUUUCAUAGAUUUAAAAAAAUUGUGGUUGGAGAGCAUCUUGGCAUUUGUGCUUUUUUUCUUAAGGGAUUGUUCUGCUUCCUGGCUGUAUGAUGGGUAUAUCAUUAAAGUUUGGAGUCCUGUAUGAACAAAACUGACAUUUUUAGAGUUGUACUUUUGGGAAUGUUAUAGAUUGAUAAUUCUUUCCCCUGAUAAUAAAGGUAUUGAAUAUCUGUUAUGAAAGGUACUAAAA